UCCUCAAAGUUACAAAGGCUGCAGUUGGGAGGGACCCUUAGAUAGUUUUGGUGGCCCAUUCUGUACUUCUUGGAGGUAACAUAUGAAUGUGUUGGAGAAGAAAGUAAACCAUCAUAUAUUCUCCUUUCAUCCUGUUUAAACUGUUGGAAGAAGCGGCUUUAAGAAAAAGAUUAAGGCAAAAUGACAACUGCUCAAUUUUAUUGCCAAUACUGCAUGGCAUCACUUCUUGGGAAGAAGUAUGUACUAAAGGAUGACAAUCCAUACUGUGUUUCUUGUUACGAUCGUAUCUUUUCUAACUAUUGUGAGGAGUGCAAAGAACCAAUUGAAUCGGGUUCCAAGGAUCUUUGUUACAAAGGCCGUCACUGGCAUGAGGGAUGCUUUAAUUGCACCAAAUGCAGUCACUCUUUGGUGGAAAAGCCUUUUGCUGCCAAGGAUGAGCGCCUGCUCUGCUCCGAGUGCUAUUCUAACGAGUGCUCUUCCAAGUGCUUUCACUGCAAGAAGACCAUCAUGCCUGGUUCCCGCAAAAUGGAAUUUAAGGGUAACUACUGGCAUGAAACCUGCUUUGUAUGUGAGCAUUGCCGACAGCCAAUAGGAACGAAACCUUUGAUUUCCAAAGAGAGUGGCAAUUACUGCGUGCCGUGUUUUGAGAAGGAGUUUGCUCACUACUGCAGCUUUUGUAAGAAGGUGAUAACUUCAGGUGGGAUAACGUUCCAUGACCAGCCAUGGCAUAAGGAGUGUUUUCUGUGCAGCGGCUGUGGGAAAGAGCUCUGUGAGGAAGAGUUUAUGUCCAAGGAUGACUAUCCAUUCUGUCUGGACUGCUACAACCAUCUUUACGCCAAAAAGUGUGCCGCCUGCACCAAGCCUAUUACUGGUCUCAGAGGUGCCAAGUUUAUCUGCUUUCAAGACCGCCAGUGGCACAGUGAAUGCUUUAACUGUGGGAAGUGUUCGGUCUCCUUGGUGGGGGAAGGCUUCCUGACUCACAACAAGGAAAUCUUCUGCCGCAAAUGUGGCUCUGGGGUGGACACUGACAUCUAGAAGGAGACAGUCCCUCCCCACCGGAAAUCCACCCUUGCUUUUGUUCUCACUAAAUCCAAAACUCAACUGACAUUGCACUUCUGACUUAAUUUUUAGAAAAAAUUCUUAUAGAGUUUAUAGCACAAGUAUUUUUGCACACAUUCUAAUUGAACUAUAAGGGCUCAGAAAAAGCACAGUCUAAUAGAAAUGAAUAUACUCUAAAUCACAAAGACACCUUUCCUUGCAAAAUACUGCACUCUGCUGUUAGAAAAUAUGGGAAAAUAUUUCUUUAUUGUAAUCUAAUGUAUAACCUAUACCUACAAGUCAUGGAUUUUAUUACUAAAAACUGAUGUUUUUCAAAACUGCAGAGUAAGAAGGAUAUCAAGCGAUCAAAUUGAAAGACAAAUAUAUGAGACUAAGGUUCGCAUUCCUCACUAGUUAUACGUAACAUGCUUUGCUGUGAACGGUAGAAAAACAAAGAUGGUCAGGGAAAACAUCAGUAAUCAUCAUAUUUAGGUAUUUUGUCAUUUUAUCAUUCUCUUAUUGUUCACAAGUACUAACUUUGGAGUUGAAAAACAAAACUACAAUUUGCACUCACCCUCCCUGCUUCCAAAGUAGCUGGUUACCAUAUUUAAUCAAAGGAAUCUGAGAAUUCUGGGCACCUUGCCUCUCAUUCUCUGCAUAGAUACAAAGGUAUCCUUUCCCCCCAGGGAUAGUUGAAGCAUAGGUUUCAACACAUUUUGUGUUAAAAGCAUUUCAAAGUCCACAAUGAAACUUUUUUCUAAAUAUUUACAUAUUCCCAGAAAGAAAAGUCUAUUCUUUCAAAAGAGCAAACCAGGAUAAUCAUUGUCCCCAAAGGCAAACCUUUAAAGUAAAUUGAUCACUAAAUCAUCACUUGUGGAAAUGAGUUUUAGGGAAGGGAUUGUGUGUUGGAACAUGACUUUCAUCCAGAUAUCUAAAGGCAUAAUAGAAUGCAUAAUUAGCUCUGAGCCUCAUGCAUUUUGCCUUCCAACAUUUCAUAGAUGAUUAAUGAGAAGACACAGAAGUGAAUUUUAAAGAAAUCUAGUAAUAAUAAUAACCGAAAAAUAACUCACUGCUGAUAAUUCAGGACCUGUGAAGAAGCACAAUCGAGCAAUAAGGCCUGUAAAUGAGGCUUCCUCCACACCUGGGCCACCCACAGCACCCUGCCCAGAGCUUCAGUCUCUUACACGGACUCUGAGGGGCACUCUCAACCUUCAGGAGCCACUCUACAAACAAACCAGUGUGUUUAUUGGUCACGGCCUUAAUGAAAACCUAUCACUAUGUGUUUAUCUUUAUACCACACAUCUACUGAUGAUGACCCUAACUAGCAGCCCCUGGACAAGAAUUUCCACAUUAUGUAGGAUAAAUGGAAAUCAAACUCUGUUCUCGUUCAAUUAUGACCCUCGGUUAUAGCGUCAUGGGUGCAGCAGACAGAGGUCAGGAGAGGAAAUCCAGACUUGACACGACAUUUUUAUAAGUGUCUACUCCCAUACUAGUGCAUGAAAGUUUCGGACUGAAGUCUAAUUACAUGCUGUGGUUGACUACAAUGAUUAAAAUAGCAUCACAGAAGAUUCAAUUAAAAUUGUUAUGGAAACACAAUUUUUGAAAAAGUUUAAAAUGCAAGAACAUUUGGUGAUGUUAGCAAUUUAGAGAUACAAAUAAAAGGUCAGGCUUCAUCGGCUAUUUGAAAGAUAUAUUUGUCCUUUUUUGGGUAUUAACAAUGCCAAGAUAUUUUCCCAUAUUAACAUUUAAAUGUAGGCAAAAAUAUCAAUAUUCUUCCUGCAUUGUUUGAAAUUGCACAUAUAAAACUGAGUAUGCCAAUUGUUCAAUGCUUUAGAAUAUAAUAACAGUGAAUCAUAUAUUUAGAAAGCCAAGCCAUUCUGAAUCUGUGUGGAUAUACAAUAUGUAAUACUGUCUCAAUUAAUCAAUUAGAAGUAAACAUACAAAAUGGUUUUUUUUCAACAAUUGGUAUCGCUUAGGCAUUUUGCCAUGUGAGACUGGGGGGAUGUGAGUAUGCACAUGAUCAGGAGUUGUUACUUAAUUCACAGAAUCAUUUCCAAGACAGAGAUUUUGUCAUCCUUUGAUAAGUAUAGCUAAGUAUAUCAUAUCACUAAGCUACCUUCUAAAUGUGGAAUUAUCUCUAUUUUUAGAAGACAUUUCUUCCAUAUUUAGUGGGUAGCUUAGUCACCAAACACGUAUUAAACAUGUACAACACACAGUUAGAGCUCAAGCUGCUAUGCUUCUGGGGUGGGGGGGGGGUAGAUCAGGGUACGGAAGCACUGGAUGCCAGAUGCAGAGAGCUCAUAAAAAGCGCCACUGUAGACGUAACACACACAGAGCAGCAACUGAGAAAAGAUACGAUUAGACUGACACAUAAAGAUAAAAGCAAAAAUCAUACGUAAUAUGUGAUAGGUGGUUUAGGUCAAUAAAAAGAAAACCCCUCUGACUGACUUAUCACAAGAUGGAAUGGACUCUCUCAGAAAGCAGUGGGCUCCCAAGAUUCAGGGCAUGACAUCUGCCCAAAUAGGGAAGCCGUUAGAAACCAAUCCUGUGUGCUGAGAAAAACCCAAUGGCUUGGAAGUAGCAGAGCAACUGGGCCAAAGAGGAAGAAGAAAUGGGAAUGCUAAAGAAAAGGGUCAGAUGAAGAGAGAGGAUGAACUCUUAGGAUAAAAGGUUUAUACUUAAUAGAAUAGGAAGGAGAAAGCUAGUUACUGUUCUUAAAAAGAGGAGAAAAUGUGUAAAGAACAUUGUGCUAAGCAUUAUGACAAUGUGUAAAGAACAUUGUGCUAAUGAUCGCACGUGGCGUAGAACUAAAGAGGGCAAGCUUCUGAAGGUGAAGAUAUCUGACCCCAGUAAUACCUUUGAUUAGUGGCUGCAGAAGUGAAGAAAGGGGCAGCAAUAGGCAAUGCAAACCAACAGCUAGAUUUGAUGAUGUAGAUGAGUGAACAAGUCAAUGAAUCAAAUAAAAUAUUUAAUAAAUAAUUGAUAAUUAUCAAAAAUAUUUGAUAAAUAUUUAAUAAAAUAAAAUAACCGCUGUCAUGUUGUGGUUAGGGAUGAAAAAGAAAAAUACAGAAAGAAUUUCUGCUUUCAUCAUAAGAGGAAGGGUGCCCAAGUCUUCAUUUUUCACUCAACAAAACCAUAACACAUUAUAUUGGAAAAAUCUAGGGCUUACUGGUUAAGUGAAGUGUAAUGGAGCUACAAUCAUGGGUUGAAAACUUACUUUAAAAAAAAGAAACAUUAAAUUGUACUUUGGAGGGAAAGAUUGCUCAACCAUGGUAAAAAUGAAUCACACUGUCAAAAAAGACCUUGGUUAAAUAUCACAGCAAAAUUUAGUCCUACAAAUGAAAAAUUAACCUAAAAAUGUAUGUCUGUUGUUAGUAUUAAGAACAUUUUUUAAGAAAAAAUUACUUUUUAACCUACUUUUGGUAUAUUGAUAGCAAUUCAUGUUUUAAAUAGGAAAAGAUGGUUAUAAUAUGCUUGAGGUGUAUUUCAUUGAGCACAGAAAUUAUUCUCAAAUACAAUCAUAGAUGUUCAUUAUUACAAUAAUAUCAUUUUUGCUUGUUUUAUAAAUUCUGAUUUUCAAAAUUUUCUUAUGGUAAAUAAGUUUUAUAAUACAUAUUCUCAAACUGUAUUUAGAGAUUUAUUUUUUACAUUGUGCAGUAAGCAAGAUAGAUAUGGAGUAACUUUAUAGAGUUUAUAUGUCUAUUACAUAGUAGUUAUGAAUUUUAUCUUCACUUUUACAACACCUAAAUUAGCCAUUUGUUCAAAUAUCAUUUCAGAGUAUUAAAACAGGAAUGCUGCUGCUGCUGCUGCAGCAUAAUUCAAUUCUGUCUGAACCAAACAGUAAUAUCUACGUAUCUAUGUUCUGUCUUACAAUGAUCAAAUUUUAAAAUAUUCUAAACUAAGAAUUAUUUUAAUUACUAUAUCUGUGAUUCUAAAAAUAUUCUAUCAGAGAUAUCUCACCAGUUGAAUUUUCUUAUUUCUUAUUUUGAGGUAGUCUUCUGCUAAUUUUUUUUCAUUUAUAUACUGGAGGAAUUGGUAAGACUCAUUGCUUUUAAUCUCUUAUUAAUUUUGUCUAAAGCAAAAUCUGCAUCUGUAAUAGACUCCAUGUAACUUCAGCUAAUCCAUACUACAAGCAUCAAUUAAAUUCUCUCUAGAGUUAUAUUAGAUGAUUCAUUUAAUGUCAGAAUGUAUUUCACAAAAAAACAUUCAGAAAAAUAUCUCUCACCAAACAUUUCUAGUGCAUUUUUUUAAGCCAUAGAGCUUUGAAAUAUGAUGAAAUUCUUAUGGAUACUCAAUAAACAUUUACAUCUUGGAAUGGUGUUUCUUCAAUUAAAUGGUCAGAAGAUUACUAGAACUUAUACUUGCAGGGAUAUACUUUUAUCAUGAAGCUCUUCCCCCAGAACUAUCAGAUCUUUAGAUCUUCACUGACCUACCAGAAACAUUCCAAAAGUCAGCUGGAGCAACUGUAAAGAAAUGUUUGGGGAACUUUGUGGUCCUCUUUCUAAGAAGAAGUAAAGGGGAUGGACCAGGCUUCCCCGGUGACUCAGCGGUAAAGAACCUGCCUGCCAAAGCAGGAGAUGUGGGUUUGACCCCUAGGUCCGGAAGAUCCCUGGAGAAGGAAAUGGCAACCCACUCCAGUACUCUUGCCUGGAGAAUCCCAUGGACAGAGGAGCCUGGCGGGCUACAGUCCACGGGGUCGCAGAGAGUCAGAUACAACCGAGCACACUCACACACACCUGUUAAAUGUGGAGUUGGAGGAGAUAUUUCUCAAAUUGAUAAUCAAAAAAGAGGGGAAAGGAAUGGAAAUAAUUCAAGCUCAAGUUUCAGUUUAUACAGGAAAUAACAGAGUUUAUGCGUAUUCAGAAUGCCUGGAUUGUACAUCUCUGUGGUUGAGAAAGGAAACAGCUCACUGUGGUAGAAUUAUGAUCCAUGCCACAGAGAAGCAAAGAGUAUUUGGGUCAAAUAUUUUCCCAUGAAUGGUAAUAAACUUAUGGAGUGGAUGUCCAUAAAGGGUUCUCUGAAUGAGGAACAUUAAUGAGCUCAACAGACAUCCAUUCAAUGACUCAAACAGUGACAUUAAAUGCUAUUCCCAUCACAUCUAAAAACAAAAAUUAGGUUUGACAUUUAUGGAAGUCCAUACACCGAAUUCCAAAGGCUUAUUCUUUAUUUAUACAAGUGACAACCUACUCCUGAUUUGCCUCUGUAGCAUCAUUUAUGAAACUCUCUAUGUGAGAAUUCUAACCCAAGGAAAUAAAUGAGGGAGUAUGAAUAAAGAAGAAAUGAAGAAAAAAAGAGUGGUGAUAAAAAAAUUAACAUUCCUGAAAAAAAUAGAAAAUUUAAUUUAGUUUAAAGACAUUUUUCCCUAUAGUAUAAUAAAACAUUUUCAAAACCACAAGGCAUUUGAAGAAAGCAAAGUAAAUGGACAAAGGAAAAGAAAAUUUGAUAAAAUUUGACAUGAGAACUACAAUUUGAUAUCUGUCACCCAGGUGGCUCAAGUAGUAAAGAACCCACCUGCCAAUGCAGGUGACAUAAGAGACACGGGUUCGAUCCCUGGAUGGGGAAGAUCCCCUGGAGGAGGGCAUGGCAACCCACUCCAGCAUUCUUGCCUGGAGAAUCUUAUGGACAGAGGAGCCUGGAGGGCUAUAGUCCAUAGGGUCACAAGGAGUUGGACACUACUGAAGCGACUUAGCAUGCAUGCAUAACCUCUCUCAAGGGAAAAUUACUCUCAAAUACUACCAACAGACACACAGUCACCAAAGUCAAUAAUAUUCACAGUUCCAAUGCUGUUGUGAGGUAUUUACUACUGUUGGUCUUCCAUUAUUCCUUCAAAAUCUGACUAUAGUAAUCUUUUCACUAUAUACAUAUGUGUGUGUGUGUGUAUGGAUAUAGAGAGAUGUUGAUUUUUAUAUGUAUCUAUCCAAUUACCAUGUAAUACACCUUAAAUAAUUUUAAAAAUUAAAAGCAAAAUUCCUCCAGUUAGUUGCCAUCAAUAGGUGCUCAUGGCAAUCUUGGAAACAGAUCUCCUAAAAGAAUAGUAAUGUUAAAUAUUUUCCUUACAUCUAUAAGAUACUCUUUUCAUGUUUGAUACAUUUGGCUCAUUAUUUUCAUACACUGCUGGGGGGAGAGAGGCACUUCUGGAAAGAAAUUUGGCAAUGUAUAUAAAAAGAGUCUUAAUUUUUUUAUAUGCUUUUAACAAGAAAUUUCAAUUUCUAAGAAUUUAUACUGGGAAAAUCA